CAUGUCAAGUACCUGGUUGGCCUAAACAACAGAUCGCUCCUGUUUUCUCUAGAUCAUAUACAUUCCGAAACGCGAUCAUCUCGAGAAUGUGUCAAGUGUGGACAGCUAACCACCUCAUUUUGGCAGCCUGAUGGAACUGGACAUUACUUGUGUGAAGUUUGUGGAAGAGAUCAGAAUCCAGCCACAUUGUAUUUCGACCAUUUGCGGUCUGCUGUGGGGAAUGGUCGGACCGACAAUGUGCCACAUUGUGCUACCAGACAGGUGGGCUACGACCAGAUGAAACCCGUAGAAAACGCACCUGAUGACUACAAACUUUUACAACAAGAUCCAUCUAAUCUGUUCAAUUCCCUCACUUACCGCCGCCCAGUCAGAUCCAGCUUGAAUAAAACUCUCUUAAGUCGCAGAUCGGUGGCGCGGCGAAUUGGCCUUGUCUGCACCAAUUGUGAAACAACUCAGACGACACUUUGGCGACGGAAUGCGGACGGUCAACCAGUGUGCAAUGCAUGUGGACUUUAUCAGAAAUUGCACGGGGUAAGUGGACAACGAGGUCAUCGUAUCGGGACUAAAACAAUUCGGUCUCCUCGUUUUAUUGCGGUUUCUGGACCCUCAGAACUCUGGAAGUGUCAGGACGCGCCCAGACAUGUGCAGAGAGUGACGCAUCCCCAAGGUCACCAUCGGUACGACACGUUCUGGAAGCAGCGUACACGCCCUUCUUCAAUGCGAAAAGACGCCAUCCAGACGAGAAAACGCAAGUCAAAAAAACGUCGUGAUUACAAUUUAGCUGUUGCAGCAGUAGCUGCUGCUGGACUUCCUCCAUCCAAUACCAUGUCGAACAUCACUCCUUCAUCAGCAAAUCUAAACUCGGCGUUUCCGUACGCCCAGGGUUCCUUAUAUCCCAACCACCUUGGUCGCAGCGUGUUUGAACAGCGGCUGCUGGGACAGUCCCAUUUCGGGGGUUCUUUCUUCCACAUGGCUCAUAACUGUCCGACCAAGUCAACGGAAAUGAGCCAGGUCCAACUACCCCACCAUUUUUCUUCGGAUGGGAACGAAAUGGAAAAAUUGCACGCUUCACAUUACCCAGCUCUUGGGCAUUACAAUACAUUUGGUGAAUUUACUCAACCAAACAGUUUCGAAGGACGAUCAUCACUGGAUCAUGUCGGCCGAUCUUAUUCAAAUGUGUUGCUCUCUCAGCGAAUGACAAACUAUCCACAGUUGGUGGAUUCUCGUUAUGUACUUCGCCACGGGGGGCAGCAUCCAGAUGCUGGAUCUCAUGAACUAUCAACAAAUUUACCAAACAUCUCAAAUGAAACAGGUCGAGUAAAUAACGGACGAUUUAAUCGCCAGAAUCCUCCGGCACAUAUACUCGCCUGCUCCGAAAACGGAGGUGAAUCGUUUGUCCGAUGUUGUCAUCAGUCAGCGUCAUUGUCAACCCCACUGAAACACCCACCCUCAUCGGACUUCCCAAUGCAUUUGAACCCACUUCCGUCUAAAGCUCAUUUUUGUGUUGAUUCGGAACACAACCGGAACAACGGUGUGCCCUAUGGUUCCAAGUUACCCCAACUUGAGUUUCAGUCAACAACAGAGUAUGUGUCCCCGGUUUGGCCCAAGGAUCACCCAGUUCCAGCUAGCUUACGAAUGUCACAAAACUCCACCAUGUUUGUACAGGGACUGUAG